AUAUAUAGGUAGACGCCGCGCCGCUCCGCAGUGUUGGCCUUGUUCUCCGCGUUUCUGUGUUUUUUUUUGCAGACGCCGCCCUGUUCUCCUCAGCCUCUGGCCCGCCAUCUCCUUGAAUCCUAACACUUAAUAGGUUAUUACUAUGAGGACUUUGGCAGGAGAUCUCAAACUUGGACACCUGGACAGUCAGUAAUGAAAGAUGCCUUCAAUUAAGUUGCAGAGUUCUGAUGGAGAGAUAUUUGAAGUUGAUGUUGAAAUUGCGAAACAAUCUGUGACUAUUAAGACCAUGUUGGAAGAUUUGGGAAUGGAUGAUGAAGGAGAUGAUGAUCCAGUCCCCUUGCCAAAUGUUAAUGCAGCAAUAUUAAAAAAGGUCAUUCAGUGGUGCACCCACCACAAGGAUGAUCCUCCUCCUCCUGAGGAUGAUGAGAACAAAGAAAAGCGAACAGAUGAUAUCCCUGUUUGGGAUCAAGAAUUCCUGAAAGUUGACCAAGGAACACUUUUUGAGCUUAUACUGGCAGCAAACUACUUAGACAUCAAAGGUCUGCUUGAUGUUACCUGCAAGACUGUUGCCAAUAUGAUCAAGGGGAAAACUCCUGAGGAGAUUCGAAAGACAUUCAAUAUCAAAAAUGAUUUUACUGAAGAAGAGGAAGCCCAGGUACGCAAAGAGAACCAGUGGUGUGAGGAGAAGUGAAAUUUUGUGUCUGAUGCUGUAACACUGUAAGGAUUGUUCCAAAUACUAGUUGCACUGCUUUGUUUAUAAUUGUUAAUAUUAGAAAAACAGUCCACAAAUGCAGCAGCAAAUCAGUUGUAUUAGCAGAAUGUUGUCCUCAUUGCAUGUGUAGUUUCAGUACAGAUUCCAAACUUAUGGCUCAGUUUCUUCUAGUAUGAUCAAAAGUUCUUUAUUCUUUGCUCUGAAUAAAAUUAAACUGUGGGUUCUCUAUAGAAAGUGGCAUUUUGGGCUUUCCCUCUUUUUGUAAAGCAAUUUAUGCCUAGUUUAUUGUCCAGUUAACUUUAGUUUAGUGACUUUUAAAAGUUGGCAUUGUAAAUAAAACAACUUGCAAAAAAUUUUCUGAAAUAGAAUUAACAAUGUAUUAUCUUUUAUUCAUGAGUUGGAAACUGGAAAAAGGCUAAUUGAGGUAAAUGUUAUCAGAGUGGGGUUAUCAGAAUGUCUUCCAGCUUCCUGGAGUCCACUGGUAUUGAUUAACCUGUAUGUAGCAGGGCUCCCUUAAUUGGAUCUGAGGACUUAUUUUUGCAUUUUUAAUCCUCUCAGCUUUGAAUAUGUUGGCUAGAGGCUCAUUUACCACUCAGUUUGUGGUUUGGGAGGAAGCAGAAUUAGACAGUUUGCUGGCUUUUCUAUUAAAAGAGACACUUAACCCCAUGUGGUGUGUCAUCUUUUUAUAAUCAGUAAUCCUAUGUGGGGAAAACCAUAAACACUACUUGCAUGUAAAAAAUAAUUUAACCUUUAAUGUUAAAAUGUAUGGCGUUACCCAGAAAGCAUCAGUCACAAAUGCAAGAUACUUCCAAUAAAAAGUAAGUUACGUA